GAGCACCUGGCCAGGUCUGUCGAGAGGGAGGACGCCCAUGAGCUCGCGAUGGACGAAUUCUACAAUGGAUAUAGAGCAGCUGUGGCAAGCAACAUGCUCAACUAUAUCGAGAACCCGCCCGCUCGAAAUGGCAGUGUCUUGGAGGACGACGCCCAGGAGCUUCCCGACCUUGACGAGAUGAACGACUUCGAGAGCGAAGUCAGAGAGGCAGUCGCGAGUGACCCCGUCGUCAGUCAGCUAAGCAGGAUGGCCGAAUACGGUAGUGAAGACAGCGGAGAAGGAGAGAGCGAUGAGGAAAUGGAAGGAGCGCAGGAUUAUGUGGAUGUCCAACGUAACUGGAGCAGUGCCUGCCGGUAUCCGAGGGAUCUCCAGCGUCAAGAUCCGUUGCGCGGCUGAAUGUGACCGCGGGGAGAGGAGAGCAUGAAAAUUGAAGGGUGGUGAUGGGACUUCCACGGAGUGAUCAGGGUACAUAUGCUGGAAGGCUAUGAGCGGAGUCAUCAGAUAUUUGGCCAUUCAAGGCCGGCAGCAGGGAUUUUACGGGCGUAUAACAGUCUUGGAGUCGAACGUUUCUCUCCAUAGAGAGGGAGCCAACGCCGCCAAAGAUGGCAUCA